CUUCCACUGCCACGUCUAUCCCUACCCGGAGAGCGAGGCCAGCCGGGUGGACACCAUGAAUGGGCUGCACAGCCAGAUCCAGGACCUCAGCGUGGUGCUGGAGGAGACGGAGCAGUACCUGGCACAGGUGCUGGACAAGGUGGUGCUGGUCCUGCCCACCUGGCGGGUGCAGGUGCAGAAGAUGAAGGCCAUCUACCUCGUCCUCAACCAGUGUAGCUUUGAUGUCACCAAGAAGUGCCUCAUCGCCGAGGUCUGGUGCCCCGUGCAGGACCUGAUCCGAGUGCAGGACGCCCUGCGCCAGGCGUCGUACCAGAGUGGCUCCAGCGUGGAGUGCUUCGUGCAGCGGGUCCCCACCUCUGAGAGUCCCCCCACCCUCAUCCGCACCAACAAGUUCACUGCUGGCUUCCAGAACAUCGUGGAUGCCUACGGGGUGGCCAGUUACCAGGAGGUGAACCCUGCGCCCUACACCAUCAUCACCUUCCCCUUCAUCUUUGCCAUCAUGUUUGGGGACGUGGGGCACGGGCUGCUCAUGUUCCUCUUUGCUCUCUGGAUGGUCCUGAACGAGAAGAGCCCCAGCCUGAGAAAAGCCACCAAUGAGAUCUGGCAGAUGUUCUUUGAGGGACGCUACCUCAUCCUGCUCAUGGGGGCCUUCUCCAUCUACACUGGCUUCAUCUACAACGAGUGCUUCAGCAAAGCCACCGCCAUCUUCCCCUCCGCCUGGAGCGUGGCCACCAUGGCCAACCGCUCCUCCUGGAGCUCUGCCUAUCUCGCCACCCACCCCUUCCUCACUCUGAACCCCAACAUCACCGGUGUCUUCCAAGGACCGUAUCCUUUCGGGAUCGACCCAAUCUGGAGCUUGGCCACCAACCACCUCAACUUCCUCAACUCCUUCAAGAUGAAGAUGUCCGUGGUGCUGGGAAUCGUGCACAUGGGCUUCGGCGUCACGCUGGGGGUCUUCAACCACGUGCACUUCCAGCAGUGGCACCGGCUGGUGCUGGAGCUCCUGCCCGAGAUGAUUUUCCUCCUGGCGCUCUUCGGCUACCUCGUCUUCCUGAUCUUCUACAAGUGGAUCAAGUUCAGUGUCGCCGACUCCAUGGUGGCCCCCAGCAUCCUCAUCCACUUCAUCGACAUGUUCCUCUUCACCUCCAACCCUGGCAACCUCCCGCUCUACCCGGGGCAGCUGGUGGGCGCCGGGGAGCAGGAGCCCCUGCUGGAGGGGCAGGACGCCGGCAACUCCGUCAACACCACCAAGGAGGACGUGGAGAGCGGGGGACACGACGCCGAGCAACUGGACAUGUCCCAGAUCCUCAUGCACCAGGCCAUCCACACCAUCGAGUACUGCCUGGGCUGCGUCUCCAACACCGCGUCCUACCUGCGGCUCUGGGCGCUCAGCCUGGCCCACGCCCAGCUCUCAGAGGUGCUGUGGACCAUGGUGAUGCGCCAGGGCUUCGUAGCCCUCAGCUACGCUGGGGGGCUGGUGCUGGUACCCGUCUUCGCCGCCUUCGCCGUCCUCACCGUCGCCAUCCUCCUGGUGAUGGAGGGGCUCUCUGCCUUCCUCCACGCCCUGCGCCUGCACUGGUGA